AGUGUAUUCAUAGCAUAAUGUUUUUUUUGGCGGACGCUCAACCGCUUCUAGAACGGCUCUUUUUUUAUUGUCUGACCUAAACAUUUUCUGCCUAGUUGUAGUUUUAGUUGAAUCUCAGCGACCCCUUCAUGUCAGUCAGUAUCAUUUCUAAAGUAUCAUGUAGCGGUUUUGUGAAGUCCUUCCAAGUGUAAACAUCCAUUCCUCUAAAGUUAAAAAUGACGCCUUCUGACGCGCCGCCCGGCCACACGAAUGCGACUGUUCUGGGCCGAUUUUCGCAAUGCCGCUUUUACGCGCAGACGGUCUCCAACUUCCUCGUCCUGACCCUCUCACUAUGCCUCUUCACGUUUUUGCUGUACCUGGCCUUCGAAGGGACACCCGAAGAUUUUCGGUUCUCUUCCGUGCGCAGUCAAUUCGGACGAGGCGUCGCCGCGCUGGUGCCUUGCGCCCUGUACAUGCUUUGGGUCGACGGAGUGCUGGUGCCGGUUCUGGUCCUCGUUUGGGGCCUUUUCGUACCGAUAAGGGACAGCGAUGCCGUUCCCCAUUCGGCGUUGCGCAGGUUGGCUGUGGUCAUCCUCGGAAUCGCUUUUGUUGGCCAGGUAUUCGCUUUUCUUGUAGAGGUGUGCAUCUUUCUCCCCGCACCGCUGCGGUACGUGCUAUUUCAGUUCCCUCGCGAAGUCAUCUCCGCAUUUCUGACCGGGCUCCUGAAGAGCAUCACGCCCUCGUCCUGCAAGUACUUUCGACCGUUUUUCUCCAGAUUACACGGGGUCGAAAGCACGCCGGGCGACAGCCGCUGGAAAAGGUAUUACGACGUUCACCGGUACGAGACAGAGGGCAUCUGCCGCAAGCGUUCCCGGCAAGGAGGAAAGAUGCAAUCUGUUGGUCUCGAUUGCCCUCCAGGGCUGCAGUGGCACGCUGUGUGCCGCAGCCUCCUGGCUUUCGUCCGCCGGCGGAACUUUUUCGCUUUCCGCAGCUGUUUAAUGGCAGGCGUGGACGACGACUUGGAAUUAAGCGCCGGGGCGGAAGAACAAGAAUCUGGUCUUCAAUGCGCAACAAGUACAGACCAUGAGAACAAAAAAACAGGAGCAGAAGCAGUACCCUACGAAAAGACAAAGCCUGACAAGUGGCAAGAAUUUCAGGAACACCUUACUGAAGUUGAUGCCUUGGAGAAGCGGCGACGUGAAAUGGUCGAGCGCGGUGCGCUAAAAUUGAAUGCCGCCGACGAAAUAAAGCAACUCGAUGCGGCAGAAUCAGAAGCAUCGCACUCAAGCAAACGAACUUCGCCCACCGGUUCGCCUCGGCGAACCGAGAUGGGUAUUGCAGACAUCGACGAUGGGCACCACCAAGACAUUGCUCCGACGCUCGCGAAAGCCGGGACGCCAGCUGAAGAAUCGGUCUUGAGAAAAUUUUGCGCCACCAUGUGGUUCCUUUUCGGACUGGCCGUGGAACUACCACUACUCCUGAUGGCGGGGCCGCUGUUUGUCAUCGAGCCUUUUCUGUUCCGCUUCGUCAACUACCGGGACCCGAAGCACUACGUGAUUUGCACGCAUGGCAUGGGAGCGAACACCGCAAACUGGGUGUACGGACGAUAUUUCCUGGCCUGCCAAGACUACGUCGACAACGUCAUCUUUCCGACAUACCUGGGGGGCUUAUUCGCAAUCGAUUACAACGGGAAUGUCCGAAAGUGCACAUCAAAGGUGUCUGCGGACGUCGCAGCACAGUUGAGCCGCAUCCUCGAGACCAAGCAAAAGGAGGCGGAGAAUCGACAGAAAGUCGUCGCAGACAAGGACACGCACGAAAAACUUGUCUACUCGCCGAUCAAUAGGGAAGUGCCGAUGUCCGAGGCGCGCGAGGCUCCAAUCACAGUGUCGCUGGUCGGGCACUCGCUGGGAGGCAUGAUCAGUGUCAACUUGGCACACGAGCUGUUUCCGGACCAGAUUUUUGGAGGGAGUAGUGCGAAAGAUACGAGUUCGACGACGCCGACGACUUUUCUGUCCGAUUAUAGGCACGCAGCUAGCAGCAACAUGCAGGACGAGAGCAGGCCGCAGGUCCGCAGUCGUCGCGGCUCUUCGGUUUCCGAAUUCCUGGGUGAGUCUGCUGUUUCCGACACAGGAGUAGAAAACAACACUGACGAUCCUCACCGUCAAGUAGUUUUUUCGAAAACGGACUUUCUCUUGCACAGUGUUGUCCUACUUUCCAGUCCUUUGUGUGGCAGCGACUUCGUUCUGACGGGGUUUCGACUGCUGCCAUCUUGGGCAGCCAGGCUGCAAUUCGCGAGUGGGGCGGAUUUGUGGCAGGAUCUGUCACCGCAGUCUCCGCAGGGCAAACAACUGUGCGAGCGUUUGUGCGCACUUUUCGCUUCGGACAACAUUCCAGGUGGAGUUCAUUUGCUUGGCGGUACGACCGACUUUUUGGUUUUCCCCUAUUCCGCCUUCGCCCUGCGACUGAGGGUCCGGGGUGCAGAUUUGCGGACCGAGACUUCUUUUGAAAUUGUGACAAACGUGGGCCAUUACAACGUCGCAAUUAGUUCCUUCGUCUGGCGAGCCAUCUUCAGCAGAGUCGAUCGCGGCGACCCAUUUUAA